AUGCCAUCAGGUGCAAAGAAGAGGAAAGCCGCCAAGAAAAAGAAGGAAAUAGAAUCCUCUACUUCAACCAACAACAACCCUCACGGGGAGAAUGAAUUGAAGUCGAUUGAUGAGAAAGGAAGUGAUGGUGGAGAGGUUGAUUCGCCUCGGGACCAUGAUGAGGAUCAUAAUCAGUUCAAUGAAGGUAGUGAUGAGGUGGAGGAGGUUGAACCAUUGGUUGCUGUUGUCAAGUCCACGGAAGAAGUUCGUAACGAUAGUAAGGUCGAUGAAGCUGAGGGAGGAAAGGAAGGCGUUGAUGUGAUAGAAUGGGAUAUGAAAUCUGAUGAGAGUAGUGAGAACAAAGAUGUUAGAGUUGUGAGAAUUGAAUCUGAUGAGGGAUUGAAUAAUGGGAGUGGGAAUUCAGGCGUUACUUCUAAUGAUGUAAUUGAAACCGGUACUGCGAAGAACUUAAAGGAUGAGCCGUAUAAUGAUUCAGUAAAAGAGACUGUUGCAUUUGAUGAAGAGGCUGUUAAUUCGGUAAAGGAGGGUGUAGUUGAAACCGGUACUGCGAAGAACUUAAAGGAUGAGUCCUAUAAUGAUAAUAUUUCAGUAAAAGAGACAGCUGCGUUUGAUGAAGAGGCUGUUAAUUCGGUAAAGGAGGGUGUUAAUUCAGCGGCAGAAUCUUCUGCUGGUUCGGUUAAUGUUGUGAAUUCUGUUUCUGAGGUGCAAAGCGAAGAUACUGGAAAUGGUUUACUUGAGAAGUCAUUGGGCUUUCAAGGAGGGGAAGCUGAUCUUGAUGCGAAAAUAAAUGAGGAUAAAGUACAUGUCUUACCUGAUGAGAAUGUUAAAACAUCAAGUUUGGAAGAACCUGUGACAAGGGAAUUCGACGGUAAAGUAUCAUCAUCACCGGUGUCUCAAGGAGCGGAAACUGAUCUUGCUGGGAAGAGAAUUGAGGAUAAAGUACAUGUCUUACCUUAUGAUAAUGUUCAAACCUCAAGUUUGGAAGAACCUGAGACAAAGGAAUUUGACGGUAAAGUAUCAUCAUCGCCGGUGUCUCAAAGUCCUAUCACUGAAUCUACUAAUGGUGCAGAACGUGUUAAAGAUUCCAACACUGCAGAAUGCUCUGAAAAUCAGCCUCCGGCAGCAUCAGCUCCACUUUUGGUGCAAAAAACGUCCUGGUUGAGUUGCUGUGGCUUGUUUGAAGCGCUGUCAAGCUCUAACAGAUAA